AUGCAGGCGCCGGGAGGCUUGCCGAGGGAACACCAGUCCCCCGUCUUCACCAGGCUGGCGGACUUCUGCAACAAGGAGGGCCUGUCGGAUGUGACCCUGAUCGCCUCGUGUGGUCGGCGUCUGGCGGGCCACCGCGUGGUGAUGGCCGCGGGCAGCGACGCCCUGGGCCAUCUCGUCACUCAAGAGGACGGCUGUGAUGUGCACUGCCCUGACGUGGACGGCGAUACGAUGGAGUUGGUGCUGCGUUUCCUGUACUCAUCCGAGUGCCCCCUGACGCCUACGAACGCCACGGCUGUGCUGAUGGCCGCGCAGAAGUUUGGCAUCGGCGCUCUGGAGGCCCUGGCGACGGCUUUCCUGGCCGACGAGCUCAAUGUGGAGAACUGCUGUCGGCUGUACGCACAGUGGGAGGAUGAGGGUCUGCAGAAACUGAAGGCACAUUGCCUCGCCUUGGCUGCUGACAGGUGGGACGCUGUGCAUCAGACGGAUGGUUUCCUCAAUCUGACCCUGGAUCAGCUCAAGGCCAUGCUGAAGACACCUGAGCUGAUGAGCUGCCAGGAGGUGGACCUGCUGCAGGGCGCUUGCAGCUGGAUCCUGAGGGACAUCAACCGUGUGAAGCACCUGGAAGAGCUGCUGACGAUCGUUAAUUUCCCAAGGAUGUCGGUUGAGGAACUGCAGUGCGUGCAGCAGCGUCUGUGCCUCAAGUACCUGCAGGCCCUGGGCGUCCAGGAUGCUGUGUGCACCAGCCGGGUCGUGGCUGACAACAAGCCUGACGCCAAGAACGACACGGAGAUGGUCGAAAACAAGGCUCAGGAACCCAAGGGUGAUUCUGGCGAUGCGGUGGCCCCAAAAGAGCCCAAGCCCAUGGCGUCUGCUCCCAAGUCCCAGGUUGGGGACAUGGCAAAUGCACUGCCGCUGGUGCUUUCAAUUCAGCCUGACCAAAAGGUUCCUGCCUCGAGACAGGGGUCGAACGAGCUGUUCCCUGCGGAUAUGGACGAGGCUUCGCAGGUCCGCCACCUGCAGGAGUUGCUGCUGGCACAGUGCGCACGUCAGCCUGCAUGUGCUCCACAGGGGAAGACCCCAUCGGUGAAGGUCCAGCAGCAGGGCAAGGAAACCCUUGCGAAGGACUGCGCAUCUGAGGAUUUGGCCAGCCAGAACUCCGAAAAUAGGACACAGCAGCAAGACUCAUCUGACAUGGUGUCGGAAACAGGCACACAGCAAAUCAAUGGGGCUGCCGGAAAGGACACAAAGUUGAUUGUGCAGACGCCUGGGGUACCAUUCGACGUUGCUGUGGCACAAACGAGUUCUCCAACUGCAGCCAGGACCACUCGUUGCGUUUGCCAGGUGGAGGGCUGCAGCAACAACCUGACGGGCCUGAGGGACUACCACGUCAGGUACAAAAUAUGUGACCUCCACCUAAAAGUCAGCUCAAUCGUGAAGGACGGCCGUUGCCAGCGGUUCUGCCAGCAGUGCGGAAGGUUCCACGACUUGGCUGAGUUCGAUGGCAACAAGCGCAGCUGCCGGUCGAGGUUGAUGCGCCACAACGCCCGUCGCCGUAAGCGCCUGAGGACCGAGACAGAGGCCUUUCAGGGUGCCCUGCAGGUCGCACGAGCGGCACUUCCAGCCAUGUCUCCCCAUCAACCUCUCAUAUGCCUCGUCAGCGCGGCUCCCUCGCCCGCGGGCAGGGCCUCAGAUCAGCCCACAGCAGGCCCGCUGACGGGAACCCUCGUGCAGCAGGCAGACUACAUCAAUGUGCUGCCUCAGGUCAGCCAGGCACUCGCCUUCACUGCGCGUGGCGCUGGCACUACCUUGGAGAACAUUCUUAUUGAGAAGCUGGCAACGCCGGUGGCUCGCCCGGUCGCAGAGGGAAGUGGUGGCGUGGGUGGAGGGGCUGCCACGAGCGGAUCGAUGCCAGCACGGAAUGGCUUGAACGGGUCCAGUUUCAUGGAAGUGGAGUGCGUAAAGGAGGAGGGCAUGCUCGCCGAUAUGCAGGGUGUGGUGCAUUGA